UUGGAAGAGAGGACGGAGUGUUAACGCAGCCGGAAUAUACAAGUAUUUACAGUGGAGACGUUCACUUUGACCUGACGCGGUGGAUAUUUUAUUCCUCAGUAAUUUAGUCACAAUGCGUUUAAUUCAGAACAUGUCCACUAUAGUGGAGUAUCCUGGCUCGGAGUGCCUGUCUAAACGGCUUAUUAAGAUAGCCGUUAUAGGAGGAAGCGGAGUGGGAAAAACUGCGCUCGUUGUUCGCUUUCUGACCAAGCGCUUUAUUGGAGAUUAUGAGAGAAACGCAGGCAAUCUGUACUCCAGAGAAGUCCAGAUCGAUGGAGAACAAGUCGCAAUCCAAGUGCAGGACACGCCUGGAGUUGAAAUAAAUGCUAAUGGCAUGAGUUGCACUGAGCACAUGAGCCAUUCCAUCCAGUGGGCUGACGCCGUAGUCAUGGUCUACUCUGUGACCGACAAUAACAGCUUCGACCUCAUCACCCAGCUCCAUCAGUUGGUAACCCGUGUUCACUCAGGUCAGACAGCGCCACCACCAGUCAUCCUUCUGGCCAAUAAAGCGGACUUGGUGCAUGUCAGGCAGGUGGAGGCACAGCAGGGCCCUGCACUCUCCUUGGCACUUGGGUGCUACUUUUAUGAAGUGUCGGCUAGUGAGGACUACAGUCAGGUGCAAGGAGCUUUUCACAGACUCUGUACAGAACUUGCAAAACGUCAGACAGCAUUCAGCACAAACACAGCUUCUGCGGGAAAUGAGAAGAAAAGGUCGCCACUUAUUCCCCGACCCAAGUCGCCCAACAUGCAGGACUUAAAAAGGCGCUUCAAACAGGUGCUGUCAGCCAAAGUACGCACUGUGACUUCUGUUUGAGCCAGGGUAAGCGAUAUGGCCCAGAGGGGCUGACGAAGUGAGAAAUGCAAAGGAUUGAGAUUGAGGGAGAGUUCAAGGAUUGUUAAGGUUUCAGUCUUGCUCCCCGAGCUCAAUCGCUCAUCAGCAGGCCGGGAUCAAAAAUAAAGGCUGAACUUUGACCACUCGGUUGUUGGAACCAAAGGACGUAGCCGAAUUGGUGAAUUCUGACCAUCCUGGUGGUGGAGGUUAAACCACCUGUACCACUGUGACUGUAUGAGAGCAGAAGCUCAGGACUGCGUUGAGGAAAAAAGAUUGGACUAACUAAAACGUAUGCACACGCUGCGUUAUCUUUAGACAACUUCACCUGGCAACAGCGGUUGUGAAGGACAGAAGGCUGACUAUUUUUAACGACCAGCAUUAAAAGAGAAUCUAUUUUUUCUGGGGGGUUUUUCCUCUCUCGCUGGAGAGGCAAACUGAAAGCAGGCAUUGUUAAAAGAAUGAGGCACUAAAGCUGAAGGGCUCAAACUAUGUGUGUGUGUAGUUUCUGGUUCUGUAUAAAACCUUUCAGGUCCAGUUUGUACAAUAAAAACAAAAGAGAUUUUGUGCACUUUAAAUCAAGCCUCAAGACUAAGGCUUGAUCUUAUUUAUUGUUUCUGGUCAAAAAAUAAAAAGUUUAAAUCUA